CUCUGCUCCCCUCCACACUGGCAUGGAUUCAAGUGUUUGGAGCGAGGGCUUGUAUUCCACCAACAUCUGCCUUGACGGCGGCACUGCACAGCAUCUCUCCUCUUUCCCACCCGACCCUGUGCCUUCAAAUUCAGAUGCAUCAGGUGCUUUUGUGACUUUUGCCAAAGACGAUGACAACAAGAAACUGGAGAGUGGUUAUUAUAGCAGAGGUGAAGCUGGUUCGAGCUUGAUCCAUUCUGGCUCAGGGGAGCUCGUUGCCCCCUGCUCUUUAAGAAGGCACCUGUCUCCUUCAGCCGGUUCUUGCGGUCAUCACGACAGGAAUCUUAGCAGUGGACGUCAAGCAAAGCGUGCCCGAGUAGAAAAUAUCAUCAAAGGCAUGACCAGCUGUCCUGGCAUGCACUGCCCAGACGUGACGGCAAGUCAGCACGAGUGGGCAGACUGCGAGCAGGAAAAAGAAAGGAUUAGAGGACUGUCUUCGCAUCAGGAGCACAUGGAAACAAAGGGAUCUGGUGGCGGAAGUCACAGCCUGAUAAGAAAGCAGCUCGAGAGUCAGCAGCAGCACUUCCGACAGCUCAGAACAGAGUUCUACCAAAUGGAUGAAGUAACCGAAACCACAGAAAACAGUGAGGAAAAGUACCAGACUGGAAACAACUCUCCUGACACAUCCCCAAGGGAUGCAUUUACAGAUUCAUGCAAUGAGUUUGAGAGCAGCUCAAGUCGAGAACAUCAAGGCUGUAAAAAAGUGAAGCUGAUGAGCUACUUCCAAACCAAACCUGAGAGAAUCAAGCUAAUGGCAGAUGUCUUAAAGUACGAGCUGUCCAGAGCCGUCAGCAGGAGUGUUGACUCUGUUUUUAAAAGUAUGCCGCUUCUACAGACAUCAACAACCCAAGAGGGUGUAGAGACAGAUGUACCUCUUCAGUCAUCAGUGUGUGAAGAUAAGAAAACAGGACUUUCAUGUUGUGGGAACACAAAGGUGCAUGUUCCAGAUGUCCAAACCGAAGCUCUGUCCCUGGUUGUGCAAAAGUCUCGACUGGAAACACCCGACAAACUCAUCCUCCAGCCCAGACCGAGAGCUCGUCCAAAACCUGCGGUGCCCUUCAGUCAUGACUCCGCUCUGACUCCAUCACAGAAGGAUCACAACUCUGCACUCAGCUGGUUGCAAGACGGAUGCUCUGAAGUCGGCCAAGCAAAGUUUGAGAUGUUCGACGCACGUUGGACUUCGGUCAAGGUGAGAUCGAAGGUCAACUCCAGGUCCGCGCAGAUCCGCACUGUGGAUCCAACGCUUUUAGAAAACCGAUGCUUUCCUCAGGUCAAGAUGGAGUCCGACAGUCUGGUCAUGCUGAACGAGGGUCUGACGACAAAUCAUCUGAAGAAAGCAAAGCUGAUGUUCUUUUACACCCGCUACCCGAGCUCGCUGGUACUGAAGAUGUGUUUCCAUGAUGUGCAGUUCACGCGCUGCAUCACCUCUCAGCUCAUCAAGUGGUUCAGCAACUUCAGGGAGUUCUACUACAUCCAGAUUGAAAAGUUCGCCCGCCAUGCCCUCGUGGACGGAGUGGCCGACGUGAGGGCUCUGACUGUGGGGAGAGAAUCAGAACUUUUCAGGGCUCUGAAAGUGCACUACAACAAAGCCAGUGACUUCCAGGUCCCUGACAGAUUCCUUGAAGUGGCUGAGAUCACACUAAGAGAAUUCUACAUUUCCAUUUCAAUGGGCAAAGAUCGUGAUCCAUCCUGGAAGAAAGCAAUCUACAAGGUGAUCUGUAAACUGGACAGCGAUGUACCGACUGAAUUCAAAAGUCAUCACUCUGGAUAAAAGCCAACAAGGACUUGGACUUACUCGGGCUUUGAUCAUCAAACUAUUUAGUUUUUUGUUUUUAUUGAAUAAUAAACAUCAUAUUGUAAAGGGGGAGGGUUAGUGGUACAUUUUGAGUUUGAUACAUGUGGCAGACCAAUCAAUGGCUGUUUCUUGUAUCCAUGGCUGCCUGUUAUUGUUGGAUCAUGAAGUACUUGGACGUCAUAUGUACUUUGCUAUAUCAGACAUAUUGUAUAGCAAUACUACAUAUUUUGUAUGAUGUAAAACUGUUUCAUCACAACGUGCAACAGAGGAGACAGCAUCUGGUUUUUGAGACGCAUUUGUCUUUAAUGAGCACAAAAUAAGGUCCACACCACAUCAGAAAAAAAUAUAUUUAAUAAUCAGCAGAGCUCAUAAUUGUCAGAGUAUUUAACAUGAAAGUUACAUGAAUGUAAAAGUGAUUUAAACAUUUAUUUAUAUCCCACCCAGCUCUUACGAACUGUGAGAAAAUAAGUGUUUCUUUCUCUCUUCUCUACUCACCACACGGCUCCAUUCAUCACGUCCCAAACAUCUCGUGGUUGGCGGGACCAUAGAAUAUCAACCAUCGUCUUCAUCAUCCGCGCCAAGUUUUCACUGGUAACGGAUCCUUGCUUUGUCUUCAUUGUUGAUUCUCCAUAUCAAAAUUUCUGAUGUGUAGAAAAUUCUGGAUUCUCAAGUACUUUGUGGAUGUAAAAUUUAAGAAAAUAUUGACACUUACUUAUAUUAUGUAUAUUAAAACACUUAAUGUUUGUGUAAAGUGCUCAAAAGCAUUUGUAUGGAACAGUUCAUCGAAAACACAACUGCAGCAAGACACUCGAAUAUAAAAUGAGAAAACGUGUUUGAUCCCAUUAAUGAGCCACUCAAUAUAUAAUAUUUAUCAGUCAUAAGCAAUCAGUGCAGAUAUUCUGUAUAAAACCAUAUGUUAACUUGUAAA